UCUAAAAUCGAAGUCAGUGUUUUUCAGUUCAUCGAAGUAAAUCAUAUAAAUAGUAAAUAAUAUUAAAUAAAAAUGUCAGUUUUUGAUGAUGAUGGAAUGAGUGGCUUGCUCCAUGAUGAUUUGAAUGAAAAUAUUAUUGGAAACGAAUUGCCUAGUGGGAGUGAAGACGAGGAAAAAGCUGAAGGCGAUGCAGAUGACGAACAAAAAACAGCAAUUAAAGUUGAACCGAAAAAGCGUUUAGUUCGGAAUCCUCGACCCCGUUUAACGGUGGAAUUACUCAAAGGACCUAGAGGAAUUCAUACAAUAGAAAACUACUUUCAAAAUAUGAAAUUUGCAGGGAAAGGACACGAAAACCGCGACCUAAACGAGAUCAUGAAGCGCUUACAGCAUUGGGCACAUCGGAUGUAUCCAAAUUAUAGUUUCGAUGAUAUUUUGCUUAAUGUAGAACGACUCAGCAAGAAAAAGCCUUUGCAAAUUCACAUGAACAGUUACAGACAGGGUCUUUUGAAAACAGCGGAUGCAAACAAUGAUAUUGUCAACGAUGAUAAUGACGCAGAUGUAGCAGCGGACGAACCUUUCGAUGAGUUUGACGCUCUCAUUGGCGAGCAAAUAGAAAUUUCAAAGCGUGCAGGUGCUACCCCGCGAACGCCACGAAGCGUCUGGUCAGACUAUUCAGUUAACACAAAUGCGUUUACUACACCGAAAUUUGCACAAGGAAACGCGGCAGCGUCGACUCCAUAUCAAUUUGAAACACCUCAACCUAGAAGCCCACGAACUGCUGAGACCCCAGAGCCUGGUGUUAUGAUGGACUCAGUGUCUGAACAAGGGACAUCACUUGACGGUACCCCACAACCUGGUCCAUCAUCCAUUUCGAAGCCGAAACUAAGCAGUGAACAAUUAGCUCUGAUUGCCGAAAACCGUCGAAAGGCACAGGAGCGGCUACGAGCGCGGGCCGUCGCCCGUGCGGAGGGUGUUUUAAACUAGUAUUAAAAAUUCGAGUAAACGGCCAUUAGAAUGUGGAAAAAAAUGAUUUGUUACGAUAAGAUAAUACUUUUUAUUUGAAUUUGUUACAUUCAAUAAAGUUGACAUAAUUUUCUAGAA